GACCAUUCAGGGUUUUUUUUACUUCUCCCACAGAAGCAAGAUGGCAGCCUCCUGGUUUUCCGGCCAAUAUGUGUUAUCAGUUGUGGUAUUGUUCCUGCUUUUAUCUUCAUUUCCGUCUUCAUUCGAUAAAGUGUCAUGCACUGAAGAGGACGAAAUGCUCCCUCGUAUAGGAAUCAUAGGGGCUGGCCUAAGCGGAACAUCGUCUGCUUACUUUUUAAGGCAACUGUUUGGUAAAAAAGCCACCAUUGAUAUUUUUGAAGCUGGAAAAGUUGGAGGUCGUGCUGCAGUGAUCAACAUCAAUGGACUCAAUUAUGAAGCUGGAGCAAGCGUUAUUCACAAGAACAACCAUUACCUGGUGGAGUUUUCUCAAGCGUUUCGAAAAAACACAGUUAGAUUAUCUCAUUCUCCGGGAAUGGUUGGACUCUAUGGCACAGAUGACAUAUUGUUCCAGACAAGUGAUUGGUUGGCCAUCACUUUGGCCAAGCUUGUGUGGCGGUAUGGCACAGACUUCUACAAUAUCCAGAGCUGGACCAAAAAUCACAUUUUCCCCAAAUUUGACAGGAUUUACAAAUUUCAAGAUCAGGGCCUGUCUUUCACGACAGUGGAAGAUUUACUGGGAGCCAUGGGAGAGGAUAUGUUGAACAUGACCAAACAUUCCAUAAAAGACGUGCUCUUAGAUGCUGGCUUGUCGCAACGCUUUGUUGAUGAGUUUGGUAUGGCAGCUAUGAGGAACAAUUAUGGCCAGACCACAGAUGUUCACGGAUUUGUAGGUGCUGUGUCCAUGGCAGGUGUGGAGCCUGGCUUGUGGUCUGUAGAAGGAGGUAAUCAGAGGAUUGCCGAAAACCUCCUUUGGGGCUCUAAGGCUACCUUGGUGGAGGCUAAAGUGAGCACAGUGGCCUUGAUCAAAGAUGAACUGGGCACAGGCAGUGUGUCUUAUGAAGUAGAGUAUGAGCAGUCGGGAAAGACCAACUCUCGAGAAUACGAUAUUCUCAUUCUAGCUAUGCCCUUGGAAGGGACAAAAAACGAAAUUAAUUUUGUGGACUUUCCCGUGAAGGUGACACCGUUCUCCCAGCCAUUCCACAAGAUUGUGACAAUGUUUGUGCAAGGCAGAAUCAACAAGACUACUUUUGGUCUCAACAGUGCUGACGAUUUUCCUCCGGAUCUCUUUACUAUAAAUCGUGAUACAUUUUUCAAUUCUAUUGGUAAGCAGUCGCCUGUUGAUUCUCAUCAAAAGCCUGAAAAGUCUCCGCCUUCAGAUUACGCGGUGUGGAAAACAUUUCUCAACCAAGUUCCCUCUGAAGAACAAGUAGGAAAGCUCUUUGACAAGUACGAGGAUUUACGGUUUGUGGACUGGAUGGCUUACCCAGAGUAUAAACCAAAUAUGGACUUACCUCCAUUUAUGCUGUAUGAUCGCCUGUACUAUGUAAAUGCUAUUGAGUCAGCAGCGGCUGCAAUGGAAAUGAAUGUUAUUGGCUCUAAAAAUGUAGCUCUUUUAGCUUUUAAUCAAUGGCAAGGUAACUUUGAUAAAAUUGAUGAACUUCAUUUACCUUCUGUUUCAAAUGAUAAGUCGGAUUUGUAACAUUUUCCAGUAUUUCUGUUGAUGACAUAUUCUUUGUGAAUAAAGCACUACUGUGCCUAGUUUACUGAGUCCAUCCUGUACUUGGGAAAAUUUUGUCUUCUGCCUCUGUUACGCAAAAUAUUCCUGUCUCUUCUGACAAUCUUUGUAGGUUAUUUUAUUUUGUUUCAUUCUGUGAAGGCAAUAAUAUUGUAUUCUUGAAUUCCUUUUUAUCUGCUUUUUUAUAUAGUGUAUUUCUUGCUUUGUAGCAGGUGCUGCCUUCUUCCCCCCUUGAUUUUUGUUCUAUCCCUGUUUCCUUAUUCAUACAGUUUUAUUGAUAUUUUUUCUGCUGAUAAUGUUCUUAUGGCAGUUUGAGAUGUCUGCUGCAGAGUGCUUGUUUGUAAUGAAUUUUGAUGUUGUUAUAUGAGUUUUGUUGUACUUUAAGCUUUUCUGAUCUUGUUGAUUGACUGCUGGAGCUAAACUUAAAAGUUGAUUGGCACAGGCCUGUUCAAUGAAAAGAUAUGUUACGGUUUCUAUUUUCUCGUAAGUGUAAAUUGGGUAUGAAUAUCUGCAGGAAAGAAGCCUGCUCUAAGGAAACUUGAUAAAGUCGUGGUUCAUAGACCGCAUAGUUUCCAAAGGAAAGAGUUGAAAAUUUGUUACUUUCUUCUUGACCCUUGAGGUUAAUUUACUAUGAAGCUUACAUUUUUAAAAACUUUUGAACAAGGGUCUCGGUUUUGAUGUUGCAUACUAUAUUGUUAUAUUUCUAUCUGUUUUAAAUAAGUAUUCUGUUUGCUGAAUCGUUUGUCCGAUCACUUUUUUCAGUUGUUUAAAGAACCUAUCAAUUUGAUGAAAUUCAUUUUAGUCUGACAUCAGGCUCAUUGCAAUUCAAAAGUUCUUGUUUUAGAUAGAAAUUGUUACAGCUUAUGCUUUGCUCGUCUUACUCGAUGCAUGGCUUUGUGAAUGUUUGCUACACCAUUCUCUUUGUCCUGUUGUCAAGGAAAGUGUUAGAGCUCUCACACACAGGCUCCAUACAGACCAUACUUAAAAAGUGCGUUUGCAUUCAACAUUACUUUUUCCUGCUUGACAUGCACAAAGCAGCCAGACCGCUGCGUCCAGAUUUUUUCCAUCCACCGCACAAUCUGGGUUGCGUCAAGCAUGCCAUACAUUUUCUGGUCUGUGCAGACAGAAAAGGGGAGUCGACGUCACUAAACACGCCGGCAUACACACUCCACUACACACUUCGCACGUGGUACCUUAGUUUGACUACCUUUGGUGUAAUUGAUUCCCCUCAGUUUAUGUUUUGUUUCUGAACCCCACUGGCACAUAACCCCAGCAAGGAUUGAAAUGUUGUUAGCGUCAUUCGAAAAUAUUCCAAACUUUUCCCAACAUCAGCAAAUAUAUGGGGCAACAAUUUGAAUUCUCCCAAAGCUCCCUGGUCUUUACAAAUUGGAUGAAUCCAGUGACGCUGUUUGGAUGCUAGGGCUUUUCUUUUGUACCACCAAAGCUGAAAUAUCUUGUGCUACCUUGUGAGCACCAUCUUGAAAACGGAAAAAUCUGUAUUGUCUAUAUGGACGCUGUGUGAACGGUAUAACCGCACCUUUCUGUACACAAUUUUGCUGGCCCAGAAAAAGUAUGGUCUGUAUGGAGCCUGUGUGUUUUUAGCCUUAAGUAUCAUUAUCGGUCCUACUGAAGGUAGAGUAACUUUUGUGACUGAGUAAUAAAUAUAUGCCUUGUGUGCUCUUUGUGAUAUUCAAAGCUGUCUUCUCCCUCCCCCAGUUUAAAAAAAAAGAAAAUGAGAAAAAGAACCAAUGGCCAUUCCGGUUUUCAUGUUCUUUUAUUGGAAUGUUCCCCCUUCAUUUGGUACUGCUUUGAUGAUAUAUUUUUUAUCUUUAGUGUCACUGUUUCAAGAAUGCGUAAGAAAGUUGUUUGGUAAACUCAUCCAACCUUAGUGUCCACUCCCCAUGGCAGAAGCUUCUUCCCAAAAUGAGGAGAUACCGCUCCUAGCGGCCAGUGUGGUGCACACAGGUAUAAAGAGUUUCUCAUAUUGACAGCUAUGAAUGCUAAUAAAACUUGAAAUGACACUUUUCCGAGAGAAGCUACUUAGCUACCUCUCUUUGUCUUUAUGUUUAUGCAUGUCCAUUCUUAGUCUUGAGUAAAAUUUUGUGUAGGGAAAAUAGUUGAGUCGAGUGGAAAAAAAAAUUCAAUUCCGUCAAACCAUGUAUAUCAAUUCUGGGACCAAUGGGAAUGAGUUAAGUAGUGCACAUGUAUAGCUGAAAUUCUGACAUGCCAUGCCAUGCUGUGUAUGAUUACAGGGUAGUAGAAGGGUUCCACUGGCAGGUCCUACUUCUUUACUAUCCCUCUCCUUCUGAUGGUGCUGUCAAUUAGUCUGACUUUUUCCUUGCAUAAAGUCCAUUACUUUUGUUGAUGUGUUCUCUUUGCUCAAAAAAGAACAAUUGUGUAUGAACACAA